UUCCUUCUUUCCUAAAUUAUUGAAUGGCGAAUCUCGACAUUAAAAUCAAGCUCGCAAACACCUUGGGCACAUUGCUGCUUCUCGGCUUUCAGGGUUUCAGUUACUCUAACUGGUUUAUUGACCACGAAUAUGGUUUCCAUGGACGCGACUUUAUCAUCAUCCUAAUCGGUCUCUUACAGCUGUUGCUUAUCGGUAUGACCAUCUACCAGUGGUUCCCCAAGGCUCCCAAGGAUGCUUUCGAAGCGAUCGGAUUUUGGUACUUGUUGAUCGCAGCGUUGAAUAGUGGCGUUUCCAUUCUCUGGUUCUUCCAUCUCAACAUCUUUGCCUUUGUGGGUCUGCUAUGGCAACUGGCAACGCUUUUCUUUGUGUACCAUCGCUUGCGCGACUAUCCUCCUCGCAACAAAACGGACAUGUUAUUUGUUAAUUCUCCGUUCUCGAUUUAUACUGCCGCCUCCUUCUUUAUGAGCAUCUGGCAAAUCUUCCAAUUUAGCGAAAAGACCAAGAACCACCCGGUGGUUCUUACGGUCAUCAUUAUCCUUAUCGGAUUUGUCGCGCUGCACCUUGUCGAUUACUCCCAUCGACACGAUUGGGUCUAUGCUUUGACAACUGCAUGGAUCUUGCUGGAUGCAGCUGUUUUCUUGACAGGCACACCCCAUGUUGUUUCGCUCAUUGUGGUCGGUAUUCUCGUCAGUGCCGUUGCACGCGCAUUGAUUCCCAACUGGCUGGAAAGAAUCAACAGCCGCUUCAGCCGCUUAGCAAACCGAGUUGGCGAGCGUGCUCCUCUUUUGGGCGGCCACUAAUACGCAACUCCUUGUUUAUCUCUGUUCCAAACCUUGUUAAUACGAAUAAACAACAGCAAACGUCAAAUGAAACACUAAAAUGUGCAUUAAAACAAACAAAACA